GCCAGCUCGUCUUUCCCGCCAUGUCGAUCGUGGAGGGCGGGCGGCGCUCGGCUGCUCUACGCCGACGUCUCAACACCCCUGUCACGUUUUCCCGGCCCGCGUUUUCCACUUUCACUCAGGGGGAUAGUUGGGGUGAGGGUGAAGUGGACGAGGAGGACGGAUGCGACCAAGUGGCCCGUGACCUGCGGGCGGAGUUCUCGGCCGGGGCGUCGUCGGAGCCUAGGAAGGGCUCGCUAUUCCGGCGGGACGGGGACGGGUCUCCAGUUCUGCCCGAUAAGCGCAAUGGCAUUUUCUCGGCGGUGGCGGACGACGGAGCCCAGGCUCGACGGUGGCCGGUCCAGGUCCUCUCAAUUCUUUGUUCGCUGCUGUUCGCCAUCCUCCUCGCCUUCCUCCUCGCCAUCGCCUACCUGAUCGUAAAAGAGUUGCAUGCUGAGAAUUUAAAGACUGAAGCGGACAUAGACACUGGGCUACUAGGAUUCUGGACUCUACUUAUAAUAUCUCUAUCUGCUGGAUUCUCUUGCUGUAGCUUUUCUUGGACAGUGACUUAUUUUGAUUCUUUUGAACCAGGAAUGUUUCCUCCUACUCCUCUUUCACCAGCCAAGUUCAAGAAACUGACUGGACAUUCUUUCCACAUGGGCUAUAGCAUGGCAAUUUUGAAUGGCAUUGUUGCUGCUCUUACUGUAGCAUGGUGCCUCAUGUAAACCUACACUGAAGCAAUAUUUUUGGUAAAACUUAGUCAUGGUUGCUUUAUAACAACAGGGAAGAACAUCAUUUCAUCAUUUGUCUACUCAGAAGACCAAGAAACCUGCUGUCUGUGGUUCAGAUAUGUCAUAUCAUCAUCAUUAUGGAGGACCGUUUUGUUUUGUUUUGUUUUGUGUUUAAAUGGAGGACCUUUGUAAGCACCAUUCUAGAACUUAGGCAUUGAGAAUAUCUGAGUAUUAAGUUUCAAGUAAUUUCUUAAAAAUGUAAGGUGUUUACCUCGUCUUUUUACUUUUGUGUGCAUUGUCCUUAUAAAUUAUAGAAAACAUUUAGUGGAAUUCAAACAUGAUGAAAACUUGAAUAUGGGAUAAUGCUAUGUAUAAUACUACAUUUUUGCUAAGAAAUACUAGUGGACUGCUUAAAUGAGAUAGAAAUACUUAUUUAUUCAUGAUAUUAGAAAAGCAAACAAUGCCUACUACUUUGACAUUUUAUAGAAGCUACUUUGAAAUCAGAAUAGUUUUCAAUAGUAAUAAUCAACAGAAGGUGCAUUUAUAUUUUUUAAUGGGGUAUAAUUCCUUAUGUGUUUUU